UGACACCAGACCCAGCCAACCAACCAACGCUCACAAAGAUAAAAGUAAAACACAUCUGUUGAUUCUGAUCAACCUCGACCGAUCACCAAAAUACAUGAUUUAGAUGCAGUUCACAGCAACACAAACAUUUUAAGAAUGACGAUAUCAUGCAGCAGGGCGGGGUAUUCCUAGUCACAGAACAAGAGAAACGAAAUUAUGGCAGGGUUAGACGAAGGCCGCAAAAAAGAAGCAUGGAAGGAACAACUGGGAUAUGAGGACAGUCGCUUUGAACUUGCAAAUUCUAUCAGUCCUAGUUUCCAUUGCCCGAUAUGUAUGAACGUUCUUAAUGAUCCAGUCAUGUGUCGAAAUAACCAACAUUAUUUCUGUAAAGUUUGUAUUACUAAACAUCUAAUGAACACCCUCAACUGUCCAACAUGUCAGGAUGAGUUGACUGCGGAUACAUUAGUUCACGCACCAAGAAUUGUAAUCGAGUAUUUAUCUGAGCUCAGAAUUCGCUGUGAUUUCUUUAGUCGUGGCUGCCGUCAUGUUAUGAAGCUAAGUGAUUUAAAUCAUCAUAUCAAUAUUUGUGGCUUUGCAGCUGUGAAAUGCUCUAAUGAACGCUGUGAGGUUAUCAUGAAUAGACAAGAUAAGUUACAUCAUGAAGCAGAGGUCUGUGAGUUUAGACGACUGCAGUGUCAUGAUUGUAGUCAGUUGAAGCAAGAAGUCCAAGAAAUUAAAGAAGGCAACACAACGCUUCAGAGGCAGGCUGAUGAUCUCAGUUUGAAGAUAGACAAAAUCAUGAUGAUGGUUUCACAGAUAAUGACUGAAGUUGAACAACCCAAAGAAAUAAAGACAGAUGAACAGUUGAGUAAAAGAAGAAGUAUUGUUAUUGUUGGUGGUUAUAAAAAUAGAAAGGUUAUCAAUUCUGUGGAAAUCUUUUCCUGGACACAGAAAAGAUGGACAUUGCUAAAUCCAAUGUUGACAUGUCGGUCCCAAGCAUCUGCAGAUAUAUAUAGAGGUGAAGUAAUUAUUGCAGGAGGGACAACUGUAAAUAAUAAACCCACAAAUACAAUUGAAUCAAGUUUGUGUGACCAACCAGGAAAAUGGAAUAUUAGUCUUGUUAAGCUUCCUGAAUUGUUGUCCAGCCAUGCAUCAGUUGUUUAUGAAGAUAGCUUAAUUUUGAGUGGAGGCUCAAUGGGUAUAAAUCAGUAUAGUAACAAAGUUUAUGAGAUUUCAUUGGUCCCUCCAUACUCUACAAAAAUCCUAACAACAAUGCCAAAACCAAGAUAUGAUCAUACUAUGGAACUCUUUGAAGAAAAACUUUUUAUCUUUGGAGGAUGUGCUCCUACCUCACAGAACACUGUCAUGAUGUAUGAUUUUCUUACCAAAGAAUGGAAGAUGAUGACACCUUUACCCUAUGCUGUUGAUGAGAUGGCAACAGUCCUUUGGCAAAACAAUGUCAUAGUUCUUGAUGGGAGAUCUAGUAAAGAUACUGUUGUGACGUACAAUCUAACCACAGGGGAAUCCAAAUAUUUGCCAUCCAUGAAGCACAAAUGACGAGGGUGUACAGCAGUUGUUACAGGAGAUGUUCUUGUUGUGAUGGGUGGGAAUGAUGGAAAAGAUUAUCUUAGGUCAGCUGAGGCUUUUCACUUCUCUGAGCAAGUCUGGGAAGAACUACCAGACAUGAAUGAAGCACGAAUGUAUGCAAGUGCUGUUGUGAAACCCAAUUGUUGAUAUAUUUUAACACAAGUACUGUUAGAACUACAAACCCAAAAAGAUUUCUAGAAAAACUGCCUUUUUUAACCUAAGGAAAAAGCUUUUAUAGGAAAAUAGAUAAUAGUAGACCAUCUACAUAGACCUCUACAGAGAAUUUGAGUAAUUGCCUAUAGAUCAAUGCUUAAAGAUUGUUCAGACUUUUUGAAUCACAGAAGCUAUUAUGUAUAAUGUGAGUAAGCAAUGUGAUAAGAAAAUUACAGUUGAAUAGUGUAGUUUAGUAGGCUGCAAAUAACACCAGUGUAAAAUGAUGCAGUAAAAAGUAAAAUACUUACAAGCAGGGCAAACAUACGCUUUGUUGAACUCUCUAGUACCAUCCUCAUCACAAAAUAUAUCUUAGCAAUAAAGUUAAGAAAAUUAACUAGUAGCUACUUACUAAAAUAAAUUCCUUUGCAUUGUGGUUACAAUCGUAUAGUAAUAGAAAUGAUGAUUGUAGAAAAUUGUUUUUAAGUUUAAAAAAGGAUACGCGAACAAG